AUGUCAGACAUUGACAUUGAACAUGCGCUCGAGGAACUUUCCCUAAACGAAAAAGUCUCCCUUCUAUCAGGGGUCGAUGGCUGGCACACAGCAGCAAUCCCACGACUGGGGAUCCCUCAAAUUCGAAUGUCAGAUGGACCAAACGGUGUCCGAGGGACUCGGUUUUUUAAUGGUGUUCCAGCGGCCUGUAUUCCUUGUGCCACCGCACUAGGUGCUUCAUUUGACACAGACCUUAUAUUUUCUCUUGGAAAGCUUCUCGGUGCCGAAUGCAAGGCGAAGGGGGCACAUGUCCUUUUGGGUCCCACUAUAAAUAUCCAACGAGGGCCACUAGGGGGACGUGGUUUUGAGUCUUUCUCGGAGGAUCCUGUCCUUUCUGGCUCCUUGGCGGCCAGUUACUGCUUGGGGGUCCAGACUGAGAAUAUCAUUCCGACACCAAAGCACCUCGUCUGCAAUGACCAGGAGCAUGAACGAGUUGCUGUUAGCGCGCUUGUGACGGAGCGAGCAUUGAGGGAGAUCUAUCUACUCCCUUUCCAACUAGCGAUUAUCGGUGCCAAUCCUGGUGCUUUGAUGACUUCAUACAACAAGGUUAACGGAUGCCAUGCGAGUGAAAGCCCGGAUUUGCUGCAAAAUGUUGUUCGAAAGGAGUGGAACUAUAAAGGUCUCAUCAUGAGCGAUUGGUUUGGAACCUACAGCGUGUCUGAAGCCGUCAAUGCCGGACUGGAUCUUGAGAUGCCUGGCCCAACUCGAUUCCGGGGACCGGGUUUAGUCCAUGCUAUCACAUCAAAUAAAGUGUCCGAAAGGACUAUCAAUGACCGGGUCCGCUCGAUGCUGGAGAUGAUAAAGCUAACGGCUAGCUCAAGAAUUCCUGAGAACGCACUCGAAGUCCAACGUAAUUUGCCUGAAGACCAGGCACUGCUUCGCCGAGCAGCUUCCGAAUCCAUUGUCUUGCUCAAGAACGAUGGUCACAUCCUUCCUCUUGACCCAGCUAAAAAGACUCUUGUGAUCGGACCCAAUGCCGAUAUUGCGGCAUACUGUGGUGGAGGCUCUGCUGCUUUGCCAGGGUACUAUACAGUCACUCCCUUGGAAGGAAUAUCUAGCAGCUGCACCGGAGGUGUUACUUUCACACAGGGAGUCUACGGUCACAAGGAAUUGCCCCUCCUUGGCUCUCAGUUGAAGACCGAAGACGGUCGCACCGGGUAUACAUUCAGCGUGUUUACUGAUCCCUCCACCAAAAAGGAUAGAAAUCCGGUCGACAAGUUACACAUGACCAGUAGCUCUGCGUUUUUGAUGGAUUACAAGCACCCAGAGAUCCACUCGGAUCUUUAUUACAUUACAAUGGAAGGUAUCUUCGAACCGUCUGAAAGUGGAGUGUAUGACUUCGGUCUUACGGUCGCCGGCACCGGAGAGCUCUUUAUCGACGGAGAGUUGGUAGUUGACAACAAGACCACCCAGCGCCAGGGAACGUCAUUCUUCGGUAUUGGCACUCCAGAGGAGCGCGGCUCCAAAUAUCUUGAAGCAAACCAUCAAUACAAGAUUCUUGUCGACUAUGGUACUGCCCCAACUUCUAAUCUGAAAUUGCACGGAGUCGUUUCGUUUGGGCCUGGAGGAGUGAGAGUUGGAGGAUGUCGACGCAUUGAUGCAGAGCGUUCUAUCCAAGAGGCUGUUAGUCUGGCAAAGACGGCUGAGCAGGUCAUAGUCUUUGUUGGACUGAGCGGGGAAUGGGAAAGCGAAGGGUUCGACCGUCCACACAUGGGACUUCCACCACGGUCCGAUGAGCUGGUCGAAAAGGUCCUCGCUGUCCAGCCAAAUGCUGUGGUAGUUGUGCAAAGCGGUACGCCUGUAAGCAUGCCCUGGGCCCGGAAUACCAAGGCACUACUUCAUGCUUGGUAUGGCGGAAAUGAAACAGGCAAUGGGAUUGCGGACAUUAUCUUUGGAGAUGUGAACCCGUCUGGAAAGUUACCUCUUACCUUCCCAGAGUUUAUCGAACAGAACCCAACCUACUUGUCCUACCGCUCAGAGAGAGGACGAGUAUUGUACGGCGAAGAUAUCUACGUCGGUUAUCGGUAUCACGAGAAGACCAAAGUUAAGCCCCUAUUCCCCUUCGGGUACGGUCUUUCGUACACGAAUUUCCGUCUGUCGGAUAUUUCUAUCUCGCAACCUCUGGAAAGCCUGAACAAGAUCAAGGAGGAAGUGCUGGAAGUUUCCGUUUCGGUAGAAAAUACUGGACCAUGCGGUGGCGCAGAAACUGCCCAGGUCUAUAUCUCACCUCCGUCGAACAGCAGCGUUGCACGCCCAAUCAGAGAGCUCAAGGGGUUCAAGAAGAUUAGACUGGAAAAUGGGGAGAAACAAGAGAUCUUAAUCUCAAUCCCACUUGCUCUUGCCACGAGUUUCUGGGAUGAGAGUCACUCUGCAUGGCUUAGCGAAGCUGGAAAGUAUACAGUAAUUGUGGUUGGCACUGGCGAUCUGAACUCACUCUCGGGGACCUUCAAUGUUACCCGUACAAGGAAGUGGAACGGUUUGUUUGGGCCUGGUGCGCACACUCCAUCUCUGCAUGUCAACGGUAAUGGAAAUUAG